GGUGCUUGGUCUAAACAAAUCUUCACAACAAAUGUCAACAAACCGGUCAGCCCAACGAGAGAAGCAUCAUAUAUCUAGCUGAUUGUUGUAUUGUCUGCAACGAUGACAACUGAGUUAAAGAUAUUCACAUUGAAUUGUUGGGGAUUGCCAUUUCCUGUUAUAUGCAAAAACCGUCCUGAGCGUAUAAAUGCCAUUGGUGAUUAUUUGAAGAAUGGAGACUUUGAUGUCGUUUUUCUGCAAGAGAUUUGGGUGAAGUCAGAUUUCCACAUACUGCGUGAAAAGAUGAAACAUACUCUGCCAUUUUCACACUAUUUUUACAGCGGAGCCAUUGGCAGUGGUUUAUGUGUUUUCUCAAAGCACGCCAUCACUGAGACAUUCUAUCAUCGGUACCACCUGAAUGGACACGCCCAUAAAAUCUUUCACGGCGACUGGUUCGGGGGGAAAGGAGUUGGACUGUGCAGGAUACACAAAAAUGGAAUUGAUAUCAAUUUGUAUUGCUCUCAUUUCCAUGCGGAGUACAACCCCCUAGAGGACGAGUACCGAGCGCACCGCUUGUCUCAGGCCCUGGAGCUCAGCCAGUUCAUCGGCUACACCUCUGUCGACUGUGACCUCAUCAUUCUCGCCGGCGACCUCAAUACUCCAGCCCACGGCCUUGGCUACAAGGUCAUCACGCAGAACGGUUCCCUCAAGGACACCUGGCUGGAGAAGAAAAACUGCGUGGAAAACGAGGACAUCGGGACCUGUGAUGUCGCUGGCAACUGCUACACCCCAGCGAGUCUGGCGAAGGAAAGGCCUCUGGGAGAUCGUAUCGACUACGUUAUGUACAGCUGUAAAAGCAACUUCUCCGUGGAGGUGAGAGAUUGCCAGCUGGGAGGUCUGGGCAAGAUUCCUGGCCACAACGUCAACUACUCGGACCACGAGCCGGUGGUCGCUCAUCUCACUGUCGGCAAACAUGGGGACAGACCACCCGUGGAGAAAAAGUCGAUGCUGAGCAGAGUUGAGAGAGAAAACCUGCAAGAGUGCCUUGUGGUUCUAGACAAGGGCGUCAGUCAGUGUCUGAGGGAAGAGAAAUUCUUCCAGCUGGUGGUGUUCCUGCUGUCCCUGAUCCUGUACACCGUCAACUCCUACACCGACCUCACCUGGGACAACAGCGGCAUCAUGGCCGCCAUCUCCAUGGGUACGGCCAAACUGAGCAUGGCCAUCGGCAUUGGCUUCUGCGUGUGGAUUUCUCUGAUCGUCAAACGAGGAGAGUUCCACGGGCUGGUGGCGUGUAAAGAGGACGUACUGAAGCUGCUCCGAAUAUGAGGGAAUCACAGCAGAGUAUGAUGGAUUGACAGAAUAUGUGAUGGAUAGACACAGAGUGUAGACUGUUCUGUGUAACACUCUGUCGUAUGUGAGGCAGUGUGGUGAAAUUAGGCACUCAUAACAAUAAUGAAAUUGAAGAAACUGGCAUUUUUCUGCCGGUCUGGCAAUUUUCAUUGAAUUUUUUUUGGGGGGGGUUCUACACCUUUUUUUUCAAUUAAGAACACAUUACUGGGUGGAUUUUGCUGAAAAACUUUGACUCAAGGCACCAAAUAUUCAAAUUUUCAGUUUCCACGAGCUAUGAAGCUCUUGAAAUAACCAAACUUUGGCAUCCAUUGUCUCGCUAAUUCAAGCUCUGAAACUAGGUGACCCCCACCUCCUUCAAUCUUAAAUAUCUCGACUUCUAUUCAAGAUUGAUGGGUAUUCUUUUCACUGAUAGCAAGACAACUAAAAUAGCUUUAAGAUGUUACCACACCCACAUUGCCCCAAAAUUGACAAGCGCCUGAUUUCACAGCGUCAUGACCCAAAUGUCACUUUUCAAAAUGGCAUCUUUUGGAGUCUUGUCCCAAGCAGUCGAUGUACUAUUUGCUCAUAAAGACCAGAGGGAAAAAAAACAGCUGAGCCUUUCUUUGGUGAUUUUGCAAAAUCACAGUUUUGAAUUUUGGAACAUCUUAUCUUAAAGGAGGAAGUAAAAUGUUCUCUGUUCAUUCUUGCAUGGUCCCUGCUUUUUUCCCCCCCUCUCUUUAAAAUGGUAAGUUUUCUUUUUCAUCGUCAUUUAUCGUUAAAUGGACAUCCCAUUCUCUAGUGCGAAGGUUGCUGUUCACUGUAGCUCUUUCAUUAGGUUUUCGGACUCCUUGCUUUGUGUUGGGCCAAUACUUCCUAGGAAAAAAAGAAAAAAAACCCCAAAAAAAUUAAUGUGCUUUUGAACCCUCUAGAGCUUUGAACUCGAAAUUUGGAGAAAAAAAAACUAAAAAAAGAAAGAAAGAAAAAAAAAAUCAAAUUUAAUAUAUUGUGCCUUUAAAUCUUCAUGAGAUUUGAACUCAAAAUUUGAAGAAAAAAAAAAAAGAAAGAAAGAAAGAAAAAA